AUGGGAUCCGAUGUACGGCUUAUUGCCCGCCAACUCUGGAACUUGCCCUCGUCCACCACAGCUCUCCAAGCCCACUGCACUCCGAUCACCCUCCCGUCACAAGGCAUCUUACAGCUGGCCGAUGCGGUCAUUACACUCACCACCGAUGUCAUCUUCCAGCCCGAAUGCACGGCCACCGUGUCUGGCGAUGUUGUCCCCGUGGCCAACCUGCGCGACCCCUUCUACGCCUCCACAAUUCCCAUGGUAUACGUGAUCGCCGCGACGACAGUUAUUGCAUGGGUUCUGGUGGUCAUGUUGACUAUUGCUUCUCGCACUUCCUACUUGGGCGCACCGCACGCGGCACCCGCCUUCAGCAACGGGCACGGAAUUAUAGGUGGCGCAAAUGGGGGGAACUCAGGUCUUUCAGGAGCGGGAUCGCGACCAUGGCUGCAGAAAGUCGCAGCGCUGGCCGUGGCCAUUUCCCUCACUAUUGCGACGGCCGACACGCUGGAGGUGGCCGAGAGACAGUACGCUCAGGGAAUCAUGGAUGCGCCUGCGCUUCGCCGAGAGGUCCUGGGAUCGGUAGAAAUCCGUGUUACGCGAGUGGUCUCUGACGUUUUCCUCUGGCUGGCUCAAGUACAAACACUCGUUCGCUUGUUCCCACGACACAAGGAAAAAGUGCUCAUAAAAUGGAUUGGUUUCGUGCUUAUUGUGUUUGACUCGGUCUUCUCCUGUCUGAACUCUUUCCUCAUCAACGGGGAUGCCAAAGGACGGAACUUUGUGGAUGCGAUCCCGGCAUUAUCCUACUUGUUUGAACUCGCCCUGGGACUGCUGUACGCCGCUUGGGUUAUGUACUAUUCGCUAACGAAACGCCGCUACGCUUUCUACCACCCGAAGAUGCGUAAUAUCCUGCUGAUCGCGAUCUUAUCACUGGUGUCAAUUCUCACGCCAGUGGUCUUUUUCAUUACGGAUGUUUCCAACCAGGAUGUGGCAGGCUGGGGAGACUACUUUCGAUGGGUCGGCGCGGCAGCUGCAAGUGUGGUGGUCUGGGAAUGGGUAGAGCGAAUUGAGGCCUUGGAACACGACGACAAGAAAGACGGCAUACUUGGAAGAGAGGUGUUCGACGGCGACGAAAUGCUAGAUGUCGUGCCCAGUGGUGGCGACGAAGCAGCAUGGACUCAAAGUCGAAAUUUGAGGCGCAAUUUCAGAAGAUAUAGACGGGAUGAUGACAACCAAGGAGGAGGCAAUCGGUCGAGCAUGAUGGAGAAUGGCUUUAACAAUGUCGCCCAGCGCUUCCGGUCCAAACACCAGCAGUCGCCGCAACACUAUCCCCUCGGCCGAGCACAUACUGGCUCUGCACYUCCCAAUAACGACCAGGGACAGAGCGCCUCUCWCACGAGCAACGAGAAUCAGCAGUCCGUAAUGAUUGGCGGUCCCACUCCCCCUGCUCCAGCCGUGAGCCCCGUAAACAGAGCGGAUACAACAAGCGCCGCAAGUACAGUCUAUGUUGUUCGUUAUCACCCCAUGGCCGAUGUUGCAGCCCCAAUCAGGCGAAGGGCGGCCACAAAUCGCAGCACCAAMGGCAAAAAUCGCAAGGGCAAUGCRACCUCAGAAAAAGAGUUUGGCGAUGCCGAGGACGUUGGUCACCAUCGCGAACAAAACAAAUGGCACCAAGUGUCAAAUCCAUUCAAGCGAAAGCGAACAUCUCCCCCACAAGAAGUGCAGCGGGCGAGAGCUGCUGCCACUGAGCAGACAUCUAACACAACUCACUUUUCCAAGUGGGAUGUAAAAUCGCGGCUGGGUGUCCUCGCGGCCGAGACUGGGGACCGAAUUCGCGACAGAAACGCUGCUCGUACACAGCAUAUCGAACCGACUCCAGUGACCAUCAUCCCGGCACAACCUCGAGGUGCCCGGACUUGGACACCGGCGCCAACCGACGGCGACGUCCCAACCAUUCAGACGCCGGCGGUAAACACCACGAGCGACUCCCCAGACGUGGCAAACGCAACGAGGAACUGGGCUGGCGAAUCGACACGUGCAAGACCAUCACCGCCUGUGCUACAGCUCAGCAGAAAUGGUCCGCCACGGGCGGACGAUGUAAGUCCAGUAGCAGGCAGGCAGCGAGGAACCGUCAUAAUUGCUGCGCCACGCCGAUUUUCACCUUCAGAUCGAAGUCAACCUGAAAGCGGACUGAGCAGCUCAAGUACACCAGCAGAAGACGGGAAUAGAGCUUCACCACCCACGGAUAGGUUGUAG